CGCCCGUUUCUAUUAUUCAACCAGUCAUUCGCGCACAGGCCAAAUGGCGUACGUAGUGUGUGAGCGAAUCGAGAGGAAGUGGCGGGUGAUCGAGGUCCGCACCUUUUCCGGUAACACGGCACCGCCACCGCUGCUGUGACUGAACGGCUCGGGAGGGAGAGGAGGAAGAGAGAGCUCCGCGGGGAAAAUCAACCGGGACGGGGGGCUGCUGCUUAUAAUUCAUAUUUUUUUUCCAAGUGGAGGAGCUUAAAGUCGGAUGAAUCAAUGACCCUGUGAACACCCUACCUCCGCAUAUCCAGGUGAAGAUGCCGGCGGGAGUGAUUUAAUUUCGCGUCGUUUGAAAUGAACUCGGCAAAACCGACGGGGCUUUUCAUUUCAUCGGCUGGAAUUAUCUGAGGGGCAAGUGUGGACCAAACCGGCAGCCAAGGAGGAAGUCGGAACUCUGGGCUUGGACAGGGCCUAAUUUAUUGAGCGCAAAACACAGUGAGCUUUUUUGUUGUUGUUGUUGUUGUUGUUGUUGUUGUUGUUGUUGUUGCCGUCAUAAUUCUUUGCUUCAUGUCCUAAAUGAACGCGUCGGCAUUUUGAAAAAGAAAAUGAGGGACUGAAUGCGCAUUUCAAAGUAAGUUUGCGCUUGAUAAAAGACACUUGAUUUUACGGCGGGCUAAUAGUUGGGAAGAUCGGAGUUUCGGUGGAUGAUGAAAAUAUCUCCACCCUGUUAUGUGAUGGCUGAGUGAUUGAGACUCUUAGCUUUGAAUCGGCUGUCUCGUCAUCUGAUCCGAUCGGUUUGUCACCGAAGUAACAGGACCUCUGUUUCAGCUGUGAGACUUAAAAGCUGUGACAGCCACCGCCUUUUCAACACUGACAGUUGUGACAGCCCACCACUACAAUCACGUGGAAGUCUUUUUGCCAGCACCGAGACUGUAGCUUGGUGUGGUCUGUGUUGGAAAAAUAGUCUAAACUCUCGAAAGAAAAAUUUUCACCCCCUUUUUGAACAAGUAUUUAUGCACAACCAACAAAAUGGGGAAAGUGCUCUCAAAGGUCUUUGGCAACAAGGAGAUGAGAAUAUUGAUGCUUGGACUUGAUGCCGCUGGCAAGACCACCAUCCUAUACAAGUUGAAGCUGGGGCAGUCGGUGACCACCAUCCCAACCGUUGGAUUUAACGUGGAGACUGUCACGUACAAGAAUGUGAAGUUCAACGUGUGGGACGUGGGAGGACAGGACAAGAUCCGGCCGCUGUGGAGGCAUUACUACACCGGUACUCAGGGUCUCAUUUUUGUGGUGGACUGUGCAGACAGGGACAGGAUAGACGAGGCAAGACAGGAGCUCCAUAGAAUCAUCAAUGACCGGGAAAUGAGGGAAGCCAUCAUCCUAAUCUUCGCCAACAAACAAGACCUCCCAGAUGCCAUGAAACCCCACGAGAUCCAGGAGAAGUUGGGUCUGACGCGGAUCAGAGAUAGGAAUUGGUACGUUCAGCCUUCAUGUGCAACAUCGGGGGAUGGACUUUAUGAAGGCCUGACCUGGCUCACCUCAAAUUACAAAUCCUAAUUUUUGUUUGCAUCAGCCUGGACUGUUUUGUGGGCUACAAGUGAAAUGAUGAGAAAAAAAUACAAUAUGAAGCAAUGAAUGAGUAACCUCCCUGAGUUUAUAUCACAGAGAGAGUUGCGAUAAUAUUCUUUUUUUUUAUGCUAGUUUCCCUAUAACCCAAAUUUUCUUCAACAAAAAGACAAAUGUUUUGGCUGGCUUUCUAUUUUUGCUUUGCUUUGGUUCUGUAAUAUAUCACUCACAUUCUGUUUAAUCAACACUGUCUAAGUAUGCCAUAACCUUACUUUGAGAUCUUUCUGCAGUUUUUCUUUUCCUGUUUUUGUAUUCUUGUUUAAGCCGAUUUUGGGACCAUGGGCUUGGGCAUACAUUUAUAGUUUGUGAAGUCAUAGAUACUGGCCGUAUUCGGCUUUCAUACAGUAUUCUCACGACCCAAAUUUGAAUCCAAAGGCUGGGAAAAGCAAAGUCCCUCUGAAGAAAAAACUUGUUAAUAUAUCUGUACCGUAAGCUACGGUUUACAUCAACAUAUCGUUUUCAUGGUUCAAAACUGACACCAUAGUUUGUAAGAAUGUGCAUUUUGGACAUUUUAAGGACCCUACAAAGUACUGUUUCUCAUCAUUGAUUGUACACAGUUUCUGAGAAGAUUAAGGCAACGUGUUAGUGCUCAUUUCCUGUACAAUGAUUACAUCCAAGAUGUUCGACAGAGGAGGUUUGCUUGAAAAGACACUAUGUGGAUGCUGGAUUAUACACACACUGUGAUACGGAUAUAUAUUUUUGUUGUUUGUAUUGCCUUUUUUUUUUUUUACCCAAGAGCUUCCAUUACAUCCGAGUAUUUGUAGUUUCAGCUGCCUUUGGAGGGACCAGGGUUAAAGGUGCCCCAAAAGACAGGACGUUUAGCAUGACAGAAAGUAUGCACUCUGCUGAGUCUGCGCUGUGGGAGGGGGAUUACCAUCUAGGUGAAGGGAAAGACAAAAGUGUACCAGGCUCUUUUCACUAAUCUGCACACUUAACUCUUUCUGACUGACUUUUGGACCCCGGCAAGUGUUUACUAAGGUCCCAUCCCCCACAGAAUCCAUGGUGCUUCAGUGAAUGGGGACCUUUCUCCUUUUAUAACUAUCAGCAUCUUCCUGUACAGUUGAUGUCAUGCGGACCGUUAGACAAACCAACUUUCUGUUCAUAGGUUAUAGAUGAUAAUGCUUUGUUUUAAUUUUUUUUUUUUUUUGCUCUAUUUGCUAUGCCGAUGGAAAAAAAUAAAAAAAAAGAUAUAUCCAGAUCCAUAUGGAGGUGGGACUUUUUCAAUAAAAGCUUGCAGCUGUCGACUGGAUGUGAGAUAUCGCUUAGCAUUGAAAGUGCAGUGCGUGAAAAAGGAAGUGAGAUUUGGGCGUUAUAAUUUUUGAAAGAGCAACUUGGUAGAAUGAGCUGUGAACUCUGUUUUUGCCUGUUUCCUUUCUUCUCAUGCAUGUGUGAGUCACUAGCUGUGAAUAAAUGAUGAGAUCUCUAGUUUCGAGGUAGUGAUUGUCAGGUACACCUACUUUUGCCUGAGGUCUCACAGCACCACUGAGUCCAUUAGAGCACUGUCUACACUGGAGCCGUUUGACCUUCUCACACAGCCAACAUUUUGAUUAUACAUGUAGACCCUCCUUCACACAACUGUUAGAGGACACGGGGUGAUGCAGAAUGAUGCCGAAGCUGAAGAAUGAACAUUUUCACCCCUGAAAUCUUUAAAUUUCCAGGUCAAAGACAAAAAAAAAUUGACCUUAACAAAGUUACAGAGGUCACCCAAUACUAUCUGCACUUGGGUACCAUAAUGCUUUGGUCUGUCGAAACCAUGAGUUUAAUCCCUUUUGUUAAUGUGUGUAACGGCACUAGUUCAUAGGCAUUAAUCCUCGUGUAAGUAGGAAAUGACCUGAAUAAAGAAAGGUGUUUGGUGUACGUUAACAAGUAUUUUUAAGGUAACACGGUACUUUAGCUGGUUGCAUACAGGGUGGGUUCGGGAUUUACUGCAAUGAAUCGACAAUAAAAUGGGGAUUUUGUCACUUAAUUGUGUGUGCAUCUGUGUUAUCAGGGAUGUGUUUGGUUCUGGAUGGGAAAGUGAUGUCAUGGCUAAUGCUGGUGUGACCAGUGAGGUUAGGGGGACAGCCCCGCAAAAGGUCUAAGGCUGGCCUGGCUUUGUGCCCUGGGUAUACCAGUCACUCAUAGGCAUAGACCUCUGUUUACCGUUUCCCUUUUCAGAGCCAUGGAAAGGGGAAAAUGUAACUGCACUUUCAAACGUUUUAAGGAACCAAUAUCCUUUCAGAUGUUGUAGCUCGGAAGCGUUAUUUUAGGCAUGUGAUGACAUCACCGCAUGACGGGU